AAUAUCUCGUCAUGGACUGUGCCCCGCUCGAGCCUCUCCACAUGCAGCCCGAAGGAAAGUGGAGGGAGCUGCUCCUUUCCGUAGCCGGGGUGCCCACCCCAACCAGGCUGCCUCUGCCACCCAAGACAGAGGUUCUCUGAUAAUAAUUUAUGGGGAUUGUUUCCAGAGACCACACCUGAAGCUGCCAACUCCCCGGAGGAAGGCCCUGAUUAAUGGCCGAUGAAUUUCUCCUUAAGGCCCUGAAACUGCCUACUCAGAACCAAGCCAGUUUUUCCUGCCUGUCCUGUUUGGGCAGCCAGAGGAGGCAGCUAGAAACCCAUUAUGCAGGGGAUGGGGACCAAACCAAUGCAGAACUCCUAUGUGCUGAUGGUGGUCUUACAUUUCCCUAAGUUUCUGCCGACUAAACUGUGCACAUGUUCUCAGGACCUCCUGAAGCUGCGUCACAGGCACUAAUCAAAGAACACAAACAAGAGUUUGGCCUUUUCUUCAGCACUGGGAAUUGUGAUCCAAAGCUUUCCCGGAUGAAGCACAAAGUUGGAGAAACAAAACGCAAACUAAACAACAAUGAAACAGAACAGAGUUAAUCUGCUGUAGCUCAAGAGAGGACGUACCUGCCCCCACCCCGCAUCCCUGGGCUCGGGUUUGCCUUGCUGACCUCUGCUGCCACCUGGUGCCACACAGAGAAACUGAGGAGAAACCACAUCAGUCUCCUUCAGCCUCAGCUUCACAUCUGUGGGUCAAGUAACCCUUUCAAAAGCUGUAUAAUGUGGGAAAGCUUUCCUCUCAGGAAAAUGCACACAUCUAACUUUGAGAAGAUGCCCUUGGGGGUGCUUCAAGGAUCCUAGAUAAAGAACCCCCUUUCCUGAACAUCCAAGAACCUAAGUUUUUUUUUUUUUUUUUUUUGAGAAAGUCUCGCUGUCUCUCCCAGUCUGGAGUGCAGUGGCGUGAUCUUGGCUCACUGCAAGCUCCCCCUCCCAGGUUCACACCAUUCUCCUGCCUCAGCCUCCCGAGUAGCUGGGGCUACAGGCACCUGCCACCACACCCGGCUAAUUUUUUUGUAUUUUUAGUAGAGACGGGGUUUCACCGUGUUAGCCAGGAUCGUCUUGAUCUCCUGACCUUGUGAUCCACCCGCCUCGGCCUCCCAAAGUGCUGGGAUUACAGGUGUGAGCCACCGCACCUGGUCCAAGAACCCAAGUUUUAGAUCUAGAGUGAUGUCAGCAUGACAUUGAUUUCCUGAGGCCCAGGGGUGAAGGAGCUGAGGACAGCAGAGGGGUGAAGGAACUCAGCUACAGACAGCAGCAGCUGAUGCACAGGCCUCCCAGCGCCUGAAGUCACCCGGAAUUGGGAAGUGCUCAGAAGCUUACAAAGCUGCCUCGAGAUGGAAUUUUACUGUGUCAAGAAGCAUUGAAUGCUGAGCGGGAGCUAUGUCAUCCAGAUACAGAUCUCUGCAGAUUUGAUGCUACAGAUGAAGAGUUGAGAUUGUGUCAGGCCUGUGGGUUUGAAUUUGACAUGUGUGAGUGGACGUCAGAAGCAUCUGCUGGCCAAAUUUCCUGGAUGCGCACAAAAGCGAGAGAGAUCCCUGCAUUUGAAUCCACACCUCAGCAGGAUCAAGGAGGUGAUGAUGAAGGUUAUUAUGUAUGGGUAGGCGCUAAGCAUGCUUUCACUCUUAACCAUUUAGACAGCAGGGCUUACCUAAAUAGCUCUGUGUGUCAUUGCCUGGGCAAGAGCUGUCAUCUUCAAUUCUUUUAUGCAAUGGAAAGCAGUGUCCUGAGAGUAAGACUGUAUAAUAAUAAGGAAGAAGAAAUAUUUUGGACAUACAACAUAUCAACUCACAGCCAAUGGGUGAAAGCAGAUGUGUUAAUACCAGAAGAUCUGAAGACAUUUAAGAUUAUUUUUGAAGGGACUCUUUAGAGCCAGAGAAGUUUUAUUGCCCUUGAUCACCUCUGGGUCUAUGCCUGUGGACAGACCCAAUCCAGAAAGCUUUGCUCUGAAGACGAAUUCCCUUGCACUAGUGGCCAGUGCAUCGCCAAAGAAUCUGUCUGUGACUCUCGGCAGGACUGCUCCGAUGAGAGUGAUGAAGACCCAGCAACUUGCUCAGACUCCAUGGACCAGAGCAUCAGCAUUACCUGGGAACUUAGUGGAAAUGCAGAACCUCAGGCCCUGGCCCAGCCUUACGGAACCAAAAGCUACAUGGAACAAGGUCCCAGCAAAGCAUCUCGCCUGUGACUUUGAGUCGGGUUUCUGCGGUUGGGAGCCAUUUCUCACAGAAGAUUCACACUGGAAGCUGAUGAAAGGAUUGAAUAAUGGAGAGCACCACUUUCCUGCAGCUGAUCACACAGCAAACAUAAAUCAUGGAUCGUUUAUUUAUUUGGAGGCACAGCGCCCCCCCGGGGUGGCCAAGCUUGGAAGUCCUGUUCUUACAAAAUUGCUCACUGCCUCUACCCCAUGUCAGGUGCAGUUUUGGUAUCAUUUGUCUCAACAUUCAAAUCUCUCAGUUUUUACAAGAACGUCUCUAGAUGGAAACUUGCAAAAGCAAGGCAAAAUAAUCAGAUUCUCCGAAUCUCAGUGGAGCCACGCAAAAAUUGAUCUCAUUGCAGAAGCGGGAGAAUCUACUCUACCUUUUCAGUUAAUUUUGGAAGCUACUGUUUUGUCAUCAAAUGCUACCGUUGCUCUAGAUGACAUCAGUGUGUCCCAGAAAUGUGAAAUUUCCUAUAAAUCACUACCAAGGACCAGUACACAAAGCAAGUGUAAGUUUUUCCUUGUCGUUGUUGCUGUUUUAAACAUUGAAUUAAGCUCCUCUCAUUUUGGUGAAGAACAAACAGCCAUUUUGAAAUGUGAUCGGACAAAAGGGUAUGAUCCAAUGGGAGAGAGCCUGUUUUACGCGCUUAAUCUCAAUUUUGAAGCCAGAUUUGUGCCUGGUGAGGAUGCAGGUUGUAUUUCAUCCAGGAAGAUACGCGAGUUUCCAACUGAGUGCCCAAAGGGAGCACAUGAAACUAAUUGCUUCUACGGAGUGACCUUGUUUAAUGUUGUUGAUAUGUGCAAAUCUUUAUGUUCAACGGAAGAUCACUACAGCUCAGCUGUUAUUGUAAGUUCAGGUACUAGCAACACCAAAGUCUAG